AUGGAUAAUAUACCACUGUUAUCAUUUCCAUAUGUUCAAUCGCCUGGGAGCCAUAUAUCUCUAAAUAAACUAUUCUUGACCAAUGAUAACGAUACCAUAAGAUACUCAAUAAUAUUGGGACAUGUACAAGAUAUCAAGCAAUGCAUAUCUAUAUCUAAGAUUAACACUAAAACUAAGGAACCAAUUGGAGAUUUGAUGAGUUACAUUCAAAAUCCUUCUACGACCCCAAUGGUCCCAUUAUUAAUUCGAUUUCCGCCCUCAUAUAAUAGAUUGAAAUUGAAUAUAUCAAUAAAGCCUGUGCUUGCAGGGAGUAAUGAUAAAUCAUUGGUUAUAUUGAAAACAUUAGCAGACAACGAUGACAUUAACCACUUAAAAGAAGUUUUACAGGGACAAUCUUAUGAAAGUAUGAGAAUUGAAGUUUCAAAGUUAAAUUAUAAUAAUUUACCGAUAGACCAGAGCCACCAAGAGCACCAGCGAAUAAUAAUAAAUGACAAUUUUAAUAAAAGUAUAUUUCAAGAUAAUAUGAUGAAUACAUUGUUAUGGGAAUUCGAUAGUGCUACAAAUGAAUACACACACUUGUGCAGUUUUAAAGUGUGGGUUGAUGCAAGUAUUCCUAAUGAUAAUGAACCUCCAGUAAACGUGGAUGGCCAAAAAACUAAAGAAGAUGUAGAAGAAGUCAACACACAAUCAGAUAAGAACCUUUUAAGGUCUACUAAAAAAAUACGAUAUGCCAAACUAGCAGAUUAUAGAAAAGUGUUUAGUUUUAAUAUUGAAGAUGGUCCAGAAUUUCGAGAAGCUUUGCAGACUUAUGAAGCUGAAUUACCAGCUUUUAAAAGGAUUUGUGGUGAAUUUAUUGAGCAAAGAAGGAACUUGGAAUUUUACAUGAAAAAAAUUCUCAUAUGCAAGAAAAGAAUAAUAGAAGUAAUGAAUGAUUUAGUCAACUUGCAAUUCAAUUCCUUGUUAUCGCAGUUUAAUUUCAAGAACGACUUCAAAGCUGCAAUUAAUUCUAUAUUUGACCCUUUUGAAAAGAACUUACUUUUUUUCACAAGAGACGUUUGUGAUAGCAAAAUCCUAGAUAAGAUUUCUUCUACUUUGUCUACAAAUCUAACUGGUAAUGAAGCUUCAAGUUCUAAUGAAUUAUUAUACAAUAAAAAGCAUUUUGAGAAUACAUCUAAAGAUUAUUACAGUUGGCUUAAUAAAUAUUUAUCUAAUGAGAAAGAACGUCCAGAACUGAAAUUAUUAAGUAAGAGGAAAAUUUUUGAGCUAUCAAAAUUCCAUUAUUUAAAUCAUUUUAAUCAAUUGUUAAAUAAUCAAUAUUUCAACCAGUUGUUAGAAAAUUUGUUCAAAUUCAUUAACUUGCAUUAUCAUGGUAAAUAUUUACACACUGAAAUAUUUUUAGACAUAAAGUUAAGCAGAAAUCUAUUGUUAGGUAACUACGAGAUAUAUCUAACUGCAUUAUCAAAAUUUAACAGUGAAAAAUUUCAGUUUCGUCAAAUGAUUGAGGCAUGUCAGUCUAACGAAGAAUUGACUAAUGUGAUACGAUACAAUAAGUUGAACCGAUACAUGCCCAAAGAUAAUGUGGAUGUCGUAGAUGACAAUCAAUAUAUCUCCAAAGAUAAUUUAGAUUUAAUAUUUGCAAAAACAUCUCAAGUGAGUACUAUUACGGCUGUUCCUAUGGUAUCGCGAGAUGAUCAAAAUUCUGAAAUGGAAGGAAUAUUGUAUACUUUGGGGGGACAAGGUAAACAGGGAUGGCAUAAGGAGUGGGUGGUGUUGAAAAACGGCCAAUUGACUGAAUAUUCAGAUUGGAGAAAAGGAAAAGUACCUAUUAAUAAGCCAAUUGAGAUUGCUUUAUCUAGUGUUAAACCUAUAAAUUACGAGAAGAGACAAUAUUGUUUCGAAAUAUUUACCUCUUUGGGAAACAAGCAUGUUUUUCAAGCAAUUAAUGAAGACGAAAGAAAUAAAUGGAUUAAAGCGCUAUAUAAUGCCGGCCAGUUGGUUGACAUAAAUAGAUUAAAAGUUACCAAUAAAACUUCUUACAAAGAAAACAAAGAUAACCAAAAAUUGGGAAGCUUGGUUACUGAUUUAGCAAGUAUUAAUAAACCUGGAAUUCCUGGGAAGACACUGGAGGCGUCCGUAUCCCCAAUUUCAAUUCAAUCUAAAACAUCAAUAUUUGACAGGGAUUAUUUGUCACUACUUAGAGCUAUUCCUAAUAGUGACAAUAAUAUGUGUGUUGAUUGUGGGUCUACUGAAUCUGUUGAAUGGGUCUCUGUUAAUUUUUUAGUUGUCUUUUGUGUUAGGUGCUCAUCAUCCCAUAGACAUUUAGGAUCCCAUAUAUCUAGAAUCAGGUCAUUGAAAUUGGAUAAUUUUGAAAAUGAAAAUGAAUUGCUUUUAAAAUAUAUUAAUAACAAAUCAGUCAACGCGUAUUUAGAACAACAAUUAGAGCAAGACGAAAAACUUCAACCAGAAAGCCUGAAUGAGGAACGGUUGCAGUUUAUCAGGAAUAAAUACUUGUUGAAGAACUAUAUCCCAAGUAUCGAUGGCAUUAAUGAUUUACUAGUGAGAUCAAUCCAAAGGAUAGAAGUACAUGAAGUUAUUAAAUAUAUUACAUGUGGCGCUGAUAUAAAUAUGCAAGUACUGAUAAAUAUUGGUUCAACUCAAGACUUCAAAACAAUAUCACUAUUCGAAUAUUCAUUGAGGAAAUUCAUAGAAAUAGAUAACAAUUCUGAUCCGAAAAGACUAUUUAUUAUUUCAGAAUUAUUAUUAUUGAACGGUUGUAAAAUAGACUCGUUGAGCAACCUUAGCCCAGACAUUGGUCUUACGUUUGAAGCUAAUGAAUAUUGGAAGACUAGAAGUUUGAAGUUAAACGGAUUGCGUACUUCGUAA